AUGAAUACAGACGAGUGUACUACUCCAACAACUCCGAUGGAGUUAGCUACAAUCAAUUGCAUAAGAACUUCUCUCAAACAGAAACUCGGUUUCAAGGGAUUUGUUAUUUCAGACUGGGAAGCUUUGGACCGGCUUAGCGAGCCAUUCGGUUCUAACUACCGCGACUGCGUCAAAAUGUCAGUCAAUGCUGGAGUCGACAUGGUGAUGUUCCCUUUCAAGCAUGAACCUAUUCAUACAAGACCUCAAAAAUCUGGUGGCGUCAGGGGAAGUACCGAUGAUGCUGUCGAGAGAAUACUGAGAGUAAAGUUUGUCGCGGGUCUUUUGGAACAUCCUCUCGCAGAGCGGUCUUUGUUGCCUACUGCUGGUUUGCUUGGUGAGGAACAUAAAAAAUUGUGCGUGAUUAGGAAGUAUUUCACCACUGCUAAUUGUGAAUUUGAUGAUGCAACAACAGUGCUUCUUCUUCUUCUUCUCUGCAUCAAUUCUUCUUCUUCUUCUCUGCAUCAAGAGACUACUACAAUCACCACACAUCUCAGGAAAACAAAGGCUGUUUGUGAUCUGCCGCCAAGCCCUCCGUCUCUACCAAUCAUUGGCCAUCUUCACCUUCUCCUCUCUCUUCUAAUCCACAAAAACUUACAGAAACUCUCUUUCAGAUAUGGACCUCUCCUCCAUCUCCGCGUUUUCAACGUCCCCAUAGUUCUUGUCUCCUCUGCCUCAAUCGCCUAUGAGAUCUUCAAGGCGCAAGACGUAAACGUUUCCACUCGUAACCUCCCUACGAACGAAGGCUCUCUUUUCUUUGGAUCUCUCGGCUUCGUUACCGCACCUUACGGAGAUUACUGGAAGUUCAUGAAGAAGCUCAUGGUCACCAACCUCCUCGGACCUCAGGCACUCGAGAGGUCACGAGAGAUCCGUAAAGAUGAGGUAGACCGGUUUUACUCAGAUCUUCUUGAUAAGGCGAUGAAAAAGGAGAGCGUUGGUAUUGGGGAGGAAGCAGUGAAGCUAAUUAACAACAUCAUCUGCAAGAUGCUCAUGGGGAGGAGCUGCUCGGAGGAGAACGGUGAAGCAGAGAAAGUCAGGGGCUUAUUGACCGAGACAGAUUCCUUCUUGAAGAAGUUUUUCGUGGCGGCCAUCUUUCGUAGGUCACUUGGGAUCUCACUGUUCAAAAAGGCAUUAACGGGUGUUUCACUUAGGUACAACGAGGUGCUGGAGAAGAUUUUAGAGGAGUACGAAGAGAAACUGGAUCAGGAUCAAAGUAGUGAGAUUUUGGACGUAUUGUUACAAGCUUGUCGAGACGAAACGAUCACUAGGAACCAUAUCAAGUCCUUGUUCGUGGAUCUUUUUGUUGCAGGCACUGACACCUCAGCGCACACUGUAGAGUGGACCAUGGCAGAGAUUUUCAGCAACCCUAACGUUCAUGAGAGACUGAGAGAAGAAAUUGAUUCAGUUGUAGGGAAAACAAGGUUGAUACAAGAAAUGGAUCUACCCAACCUUCCUUACUUGCAAGCUGUAGUCAAGGAAGGACUGAGAUUGCAUCCAACAGCACCUCUUGUGGUAAGGAGCUUCGGAGAAGGGUGUAAGAUACGAGGCUUUCAUGUGACAGAGAAGACAACACUUGUUGUUAACGGUUAUGCUGUAAUGAGAGAUCCUGAUGUAUGGGGAGAUCCUGAGGAGUUUAAGCCUGAGAGGUUUUUAGCUUCUUCAAGAUCAGGACAAGAGGAGGAGAUAGCAAGAGAAGAGAUCCUAAAAUACAUUCCUUUCGGAAGCGGGAGGAGAGGUUGUCCUGGAGCAAAUCUAGCUUAUGUCUAUGUAGGAAACGUGAUUGGAGUGAUGGUGCAGUGCUUUGAUUGGAAAAUACAAGGAGACAAGAUCAACAUGAACGAGGCUGUUGGAGCACUGUCGUUGACCAUGGCUCAUCCUCUUAAGUGCACUCCUGUUCCUCGAACUCUGUUUAGUUCAGUUUGA